AUAUUAUGUUCGAUAUUAAUGUGUCUCAUUGCAGCCUUCUUGCCCUGUCUUAUCCUGUCCUGAUGAAACAUUAAGGUUAGCGACAGGCUGCCAGACAGCAAAUACGUUCUAAAAUUAGAUGCCUUACACGAGGAACCAAAUUCUCCAUCUCUAUUACUUUCCCUUUCCCCCCUCCUUCCACUGUCAAAUGACCCGGGGGCCAAGAAGGCAAAGAAAGAGCCUGAUCUUAGCACCCUCUGUUCACAUACCCGCUGGCGGGUCAAGGAGAGACACAAACAGCCAUCUACACAUAUACAGUUCCUUGGGAUUGCACUGCAAUGGAAUCAAUUAAAGGAAGUGGUUCGGGUGAGAAUGACACUGGCGUGCUGGCACAGUUUGAAAGAGCUCUGCGCCUUGUUGUACGUGAGAUCCAUGUCGACGUCGCUACUUUCAAGCGAAACGUCGAGCAGCGCCUGGAUGAGGCCUGUAAAGGUGCCAAACCCAUAGAGAACAUGGUUUCAAGGCUUCAGGAGGAAAACCAGCAGCUGAAGGAGAAGUUGGAGGCUCUUUCCAAACUGGUAGACACCCUACCAUGGAUAGCAAGUAAUCCAAGUUCCCAGAAAAAUGAUGAUCUACAUGAUGUCCAGGUUCCAACCCAGAUCCAAGCUGAAAGAUGUAGCACCGGAACUGCAGCUUCUGUGGAAGAAGAAGAAAGCUGUGAUCCAGCUGAAGCAUACAUAAUCGGUGGAUCUGUGUGUGUGGAUUCAGAGUCUUCUUCCUCCAGGAGUUCCCCUACUGCGUCUGUGACCAGUACCUUUAACAUGGAUGUGACAAACAGAGAAGUAGGAGAAGAUGAUGAAGACCAAUUAACUUCAGCUGGACUGGAGAAUGAGCCUGAAAAAGUGCAAGAAGAAGUGGAAUCACUCGUCAGUAAACAACAGGAACUCUCUGACUAUCAACCCAUCUCAUCUCCCCAAAUACAUCCCAACACAGACCCUAGACCUCUAUCUCCUUUAGGAAGUGAAUACUCUGGAUUGUCUGGAUAUUCUGAAUACUCGGUGUCACAGGAUGUGAUGUCAUCACUAUCCGGUCAACAUGUGACCAUGUCCGUGGCUAACACUACAAGACAGCGUCCGUUGACAGCAACGAGCAGAGCAAAAGAACUGUCAGUUCAGACGUCCAAAUCACAGCUGACUUCAAAAACUGAGGAAAUGAAGCAAUCAAACAAUAGCCAAACCAUGUCUGUGGUUUUAAUGGAAGCACCCCAGAAAUCUGAAAGUGCUGAAGGUGGUCCAUUAUGCCCUACAUCCCCACAGCCUUGGAGGAUACAACGUAACCCUCACUCCAUUCUUACCAAACUCAUACCACCACCUGCACAAUUUAGGCAAUCAACUUUUGAAAUUUACACACCAGAGCCAAAUACAGAAUCCCACCAUGAAUCUGAAGAAGGUCAGGAAGUCAACAAUAACUCUACAACUCAGUCACCUCUUCAUCAUUCGCCUACCGAAAAGGUUUCACCGAAGAGAAUUGAAGAAAGGUCUUCCUUUGAAAAUGAAAUUACUUUGGAGACACAGGAAGUGACAUCAAUGGUCGGCAAUCUGGAAGUCACAGGAAAGCCAAAUCUAAUGUCUGAUAAAGACACUGAUGUGAUGACAGCCCAAAGUGCUCAGUUAACUAAACAAAAUGCUGAUCUGUCUUUCAGCAAAUCAGUUUUAGCUACAGUUACAUCUGGAAAGAACCUUCAAAUGGAUGUAUCAAAUAACGUCAGUGCCACAAGGAAGUUCUCCGAAUCUACUUUUAGAACAGAGCGUUUGCUGUCAUCACAAACGCUCCGGUCAACGGCCAAUGUUCAGUCAAGCUUGGGAUCCAUGACAGAACACCAGCAACCAGUCAGCAUUAUGAACAUACCUCUAAGCCCUAAAUCUCUCAGAUCGACCAACCAAAUUCCUACUCCAUUUAAACCACCAUGUACAACUGAGGCAACCGAAUCGCCGUUUAAAGCUUCAACUUCAGAACCAAGUGCAUCUGUAUACAGCAAUCAUGUGGCUCCAUUCUCCGUGACAUCUCCAAUAUCUAAAAGACAUUUAGAGUCCUCCUUCAGAGAUGAUCAUUGUCAAGAAACCAAUUUAAGUCAACUUACAGAACUGCUUAAAACACCGACAGCACACAAAACUAUGAGUAGUGCAACUGUUCCUGUGAGCCCCAAACCUCUGAGGUCAACCAACCAAAGCUCUACAUCAUUCAAAUCUCCAUCUAUACCAAGUUUGGCAAUCAGAUCACAGCAAAGAAUUGUUCAGGCAGAAAAAAUAUCAUCUACCAGCAGCCUUGAUCAGGAUCAAGCAGCUGUGAUGGAAUCUCAAGUUCUUUUCCAGUCUGCAACAUCAAAUUUAAAUGUUCUCAUGAGCCCAAACUCGAAGACAAAACCGAUUAGGUUUAACCUAGAUGAGCAUUCUUCCACCAACUGGAACUCCACUCCAUCUCCUACUAUGGUGAAAAAGCCACUGUUGGCUGUACCUUCAGCAGCGUCUGACAAAAUAAGUUCACCUGACAAUAAUGAAGAUCAAGAGCCUUCCAGCAAAGCGACCCCUCACACUACUGUCUCCUCAUUCAUACCCGGCAAAAGACUGUCAAAUCACAAUCUUGUACCUCAUCAUGAUACUAGUCUUAUCAGUUGUCAUCAAAACUCUGCUGAGACUUCUAGUGUAACCUCAGAGCUCAGCCAAACCCAGCAUCCUGUUCAGUUGCAACAGGAAAUGAAGUUAACAGAGGACAGUUUCUGCCAUCCUCAGCCAUCCACAGGUUUUCAAAACCGUGCAGAUUCACCAACCGGAAGCGAGUACUCUGGCUACUCGUCAGUGUAUUCAUCCGUGUCUCAAGAAGUGAGAUCAUCAGUUAACGGUCAGCAUGUGACUUCUGCUCAGCCAAUCGCAACGUCUAUAAUUUGCUUGAGCCCCAGACGUCACAGAAGGCCAGCCAAUCAGAACGGAGAGAAGAGGAAUAUAUCAUCACAUACAGAGGCCUCUACAGAAUCACGAGAAGGAAGGUCACGUAUGACUCGUGUCUUCUCACAUCCUCAGCUCUCCAUAAGUUGUCCACCUAGACGAGCAGAUUCGCCUCCUGAUAGUGAGUAUUCUGGAUACUCCUCAGUUUAUUCCUCUGUGUCUCAGGAAGUGCGAUCGGUUGUAGAUGCCUCCACAACCACUGCAACACCCCAAGCACCUGUCACUUCUAUGAUUCGUAUGAGCCCAAAACCUGUCAGGAGAUCGGCCAACCCCUGCUCUUCUCUCCCUAACCCAUCCCCACCACUAAAAGCAAAAGUCUUUGGCCAAUCAACACUGAGUACUAAAUCGUGUCCACCAAUGAUUGAGCCUUCCACUAAGUCUGGGGUUUCACAGGAUGUGAAAUCAUCUCUCACCAGUCAAUAUCCAGCCAUCUCAUCACCACGGCUGUCUGGUACACGCAACGAUCAAAUUCCACAAAGCCCCAAGUCCGUCAGCAGGUCUAGCAACAUUUCACAGCCAAACACUACGCCACAUUUUAACCCUUUGCUUUUCAGUCAAUCAGCGACUGAUACAGCGGUUUCUAAACCAUCAACCAUCAUGGACUCUCCCAGCAGACCUGUGUCAGCGGUCAAGCCAUGGACCUCUACCCAGAAGAUAAAUACAAGUUCUCCUGGAUAUCCAGACAAAGGUUCAAGCACGUUUUCUAAGCCAGUUCAUUUUACUGAUUCUAAACCAGUCAGUGAGAAAUAUAAGACAUUAGACGGUGGGAAUGGUACAGAGAUCACAGGAUCACAGACUAUGCCAAGAAACUUCCAGAGCAAGCAGGCCUUGUUUCAGAGAAUGAAUUCUGAACCUAGCAGAGAUAACCACGUGGAGUCGAGACCUAAACUGAGACGAUCUCAGAGCUUCAAUACGUCCAGCGCCAGUAGCAUUAAGCAGCUUCUGCUGGACUGGUGCCGCUCCAAAACCAUCGGCUACCAGCACAUAGAUAUCCGUAAUUUUUCCUCCAGCUGGUCUGAUGGAAUGGCCUUCUGUGCUUUGGUGCACUCUUUCUUCCCUAAUGAGUUUGAAUACAAUGAGCUGAAUCCUGCUCACCAAAAACACAACCUUGAUUUAGCCUUCACCACUGCUGAGGAGAAGGCGGACUGCACUCGGCUGAUCGAGGUAGACGACAUGAUGGCAAUGGGCUCCAAUCCUGACCCCAUGUGCGUCUUUACGUAUGUGCAGUCCCUUUACAACCACCUCAAGAGAUUUGAGUGAUCGCAACAUUUCUCGCCAUUCUCAUUAGGAUCACCGGCUUUACACUGACGUGUGUUUUUUUUCUCCAUAUCUUUUACCUCUACCAUUUUGCAAAUAUUUUGCUCAGUUACAUACCAAACAGAUUUGGUAGAGAACAGAACGUAUACUGUAUAACAGUAACAGAAGACCCCAAAGUGUUUUAUUCCUCUGAUAUCACAGCAACCAUCAAACAAUUACAUAUUUGCAUUUAUUAAAGAAUGACACUUUCUGUUAUAUUUAAUCUCGUGGUAAGUCCAUUAAACAAAUUGCUGUAAUCACCUAAGUUUUAGCAGUUAUAAAGACUUAUUCUCUCACUUCUCUCACAUGGGGAUAAAUCCUAUUGAAAAUGUUAAAAAUGGUAAAGACGACUAAAGGUUAAAGAAAAAUCGACAAUUCUACAUUUUUAAUUCUUAAAAUAUU